CUUUUCGCCGCGCCGGCGCAGUUCGCUUGCUGAUUAUGGCUACGGUGCUGUCCAGAGCGCUGAAGCUGCCAGGGAAAAAGUCCCAUGAUCCCCGAGAAUAUGACCCCCUCACACAGGCCGACAGUGACGAAAGUGAAGAUGAUCUUGUCAUCAACAUCCAGCAGAAUGGAGUCCAGAACGGGAAAAGCAAUCGUGCAUCAUCUCAUGACCCAGACUCUGAUGCUGAAGGAGUCUCUAAGAGAGUUCAGCAGAGACCAGUGGACAGUAAACUUGAUGGAUUGUCUACACCAAGUGGACUAGAUCCAGAGCUUAAGGCAACUAACUCUGUUUUGUCAUAUGUGCGAACAACAGUGUUCAUUCUCACAGUGGUUAUUUGUAUGAUCAUGGUACUUGUCUGUGCAUUUCUCAUCCCUUGUCCUUUCAGCGGCCAGCAUAAUUUUUGGACACUUAAUGUGGGAGAGGAAACAGGUGUCCUUUCUCCACUUGAGCUGUUUGAUGUGAACAAGGAUGGUGUUCCAGACAUCUUAAUGUCUUUUUUAUCAUCUGAAACCAACGUAACUAUAGACAAGUCGAGACGUCAGUUGUUAGUAGCAGCCAUUUCAGGUAUUAAUAGCAGCAUUCUAUGGAAUGCUCACCUGCCAGAGGAUAUUCGCAGCAUUCAGUGUGGGAAAUUGACUCUUGGACCAGAGCAGAACGACACAUGUCUCUUAACGGGGACCUCCAAACUUCUUCAAGUGAUCAGUGCUUCUACAGGAAAAACUUUGUGGACAAUGAGUCCAAGUCAUGUUUCUAGCGGAACCAUGGCAGCACCUGCGGUUAUACUGCCAGACCUGGAUAAUGAUAACACCAAUGACUUGCUGGUGCUCACCAUAGGCGAGACCCAGCCAGACCUUGGUUUCCUUCUUGUGUCUGGACGCACGGGCAAACCAUUGGGUGUAAUGGUAAAAUAUGGCAUCAUGGGAUACGGCAGACUUUUGGGACCACAAGCCCACUACACUAGCCAGGGAGCCAUUUACAUUCUUUUUGGACUGGGGAAGGUUCAGGCAGUCUCUUUAAGAGAUAUUUAUGCUCAGGCAAAUAAUCGUGAUAGUUUCCCAAGCAUCUUGCAGAAAAACGAGCCAGAUUGGGAGAAGAGACGAACUGUUAACCUUUCCAAGUUGAUUAAUGUUUACAGUGCUGAGGUGGAGUCCCUGCAGACCAUACCCAUUUCUGGAAGCAACUGCAGCGACUUGCUUAUUACUACGAAAAAUGGCUUGUCAUUGCUGCGAGGUCAAGAUUUAGAUCAAAGGUGGAGUCUCAACCUUAGCAACAUCAGUAGUCUGCCUCAACCUGGAUACUUUAACAAUGAUGAAAAUCUAGAUUUUCUCCUGCAGGUCCAGAGCAAUCAUGUGAAAAAGAUCAUUGUAGUAGAUGGCACUUCGGGUGAAUUUCUUUGGGAAAGUGAAGUCUCUUGGAAUCAGCAAGAAGCUCAGGCUGCGUCUGUUCUGACCCCUGAAAGAAAAUCUGUUUUCCUUUUCUGGGGAGAGGGAAGUCCUGCUUCUAAUGGCUCUGUUCUUCAUACAAAAACCAACCCUCAAUGGAAAAGACAUCUCUAUCUGUUGCAUCCAAUGUACCCUGGUGUUUUACUGGAUCUCUACAAUGUUUCCACAACUAUCAUAGCCUCAGCUGUUGGCAUUAAGGAGCUGGAAAAGGACGCCUUUUUUACCAUCUUGACAGCAGAUCAGGAGGUUGGGACAUCAGACAAGCUUGCACAGGAUCUUGUAGUCCACAAGCUCAACAUGAGAUGGGCUCUAUCUCACAGUCGAGCUAUAUCCCUAGGGAGUGCAACAAUGAGGCCUAAAGUAGAAGAUGUGAAAAAGAUUCUUGGUAGAUUGAAGUUCAGCAAUAUUCCACAGAUGCUCUAGUCUCAUCGGAAAUGUAGGACCAGUGCAGGACAACUUACUAUAUGAGGCUCUGCUGUUACCAAGUUUACUAUAUCCCACUGCCUGCGUUGUAUUGACUCAUACAGUGAACCAGUCUAAACACAACUUUUUGGGCUGAAAGGCCUGUGUGCUAUUAUGUUUGAGUAUGAUUUUGUUCAGUGUUUUGACACUCAGCUGUAUGUUGCAUAUUUAUGUACUGCUGAGCUUUUUUUAAAUUGUAGAUUUUCCUUUUUUGCAUAUUUCCUAUGACAGAUAUGAUGUUUUUUUUAAGAAAUUGGCAUCCCGUUCACUACAGUGGGACUAAAAUCAUCCCUAGCAAUAGGAUAACUGUUGCUGUUUUUUGUAUUUCAUAGUUACUAACUGCAUUUAGGUAUAUUGGUUUUAUUUAUUUAAUGUUUUUUAGUCCAUACAUGAAAAUAGUUUAACUAGUGGCAUGGUGUAUUUAUUUUUUAGAUAAAUUAAAACCAUGUGGAUUGUGUAAAUACCCAGAAUUCCUCUUAGUAUUAAUGUUUUUACAUAAUGCCGCAGCUUAAAACCUGAAGAUGUCACUGAAAUUAAACCAAUUUUCUGCUUUGUAAACUUCCUCUUAGAUUCUCUCAGAAUCAUUCAUAAUUUUGUAUGAACAUAAUUGCAAAUUAGUCUCCACUUCUAAUAGUCUGUGCAGUUAUUAUCCUAAUGAAUGCGGAAUAAUGCAGAGAUCACCUCUAUGCAGUUCAGAGCCCUUAUCUCGGGCUGAACAGCUAUGUACAAGUCCCAGUCUGGGGGGGGAGGGAGGAGGGGGUGCUUAAAAUAUACAGAUAAGCCUAUGACAAGGCCACUUUAACUUACCCUACCAUAAAAAUGUCAUGUAAUUAGUAAGACGUUUAACAUUAAAUCAUGUAUUAAGGGAGAAGAAUUACAUUUUGGGGUUCGGACACAUUUAUAAACCAUAUGGUUUAUUAUGAUGUCUCCAGAACCUCUCAAUGGCAUUAUGUCCCCAUUAUACAUGGGUUACCAUAAGAUCUCUAUUUCUCUCUUUUGCACAUAGGAAUAAGAUUUUUAAGAUAUUCCGUCUGGAUACUUUUUUUUUUUUACCCCCGAGUGCUAGAAACGUGUCUAAAACAUUGCAGUGCAAGUGCUUUUGGCACACCUGUAGCAAUCAAAGGGUUAAAGUAUGCUACAUUACCAAAUCCGUACCCUGUUCAUUAUUUUUCAGUGUUCUUGAUUUUAAUAUUUUCAAUAAAUGUGAGACUGAUCUCUAAUGUUAGAGAUCUAAAAGCUAUAUUCAUAUCCCAAUGCUGGAUGCAAUGGUACCUCCCAUGACUCCAAACUGAAUUGCCCUCACUAGCAUUUCGAAUACAAUGUUAAUAUGUAGAUAGUGAUGUUUGGGUGAAAAAAAAAAAAAAUUGUAGCUACUAAAUUGCUUUUCUAUUUUUUUAGUAGUGUUUAAAAAGUAGUCUCUCCAUUAAAUGGGUUGCCUGUUACCUUUAUUAGUACCCAUACUACUUCUACUAUAGGUCUUAUUUCGGUUGUUGACAAAAGCCUGGCUGCAGCAUGGUAUUUUUUUGCUGGGGCACUUUGCAUGUUAAUUAUCACUCGUCUUCUUCUUGCUAAUGUUUAACCAUCUAUGUAGACUAAGCAUGAACCUGCCGUUCUCGUAGACUUGCUUAAGUACCCUGAAUUGGCAGUUUUUGUCAGACAUGAUGCCAACUGGUAUGUAAUGCACCCAGCCUCAUGCUGCCAACAGGUUCUUAGGCAGGCUCUGACAACUGUUACUCUUGGACAUUACCACUACUGAUUAUAUAAAUAACGUAUGAAGCAACUGUGUCUUAACAUUAUGCUUAGCUUUAAUAUAUUUAUAACAAUUUAGGUGUUCGCUUAUUUCUGAUAACUUCCACUCACCUUAAUUGGCUAUAAAGCCAUAGUGUUUCUCAUUCCCCCCAUCUCACAAUACUUAUGUAAUUAAUGAUUCCUGUCUUCCAUAACACAUGUGGAUGGCAAGAUCAGCCUCACAUUUAAUCUGUACCUUAUUUGAAGGCGCCCGUUGCAGUAAAUGGGAUGACUAAGUGUAUAGUGGUUGUCCCUCAAAACGUGGCACAGCAUUCCACAUUUUUUUUAGUAUAUUGUGGCAGCAAGGUACAAAUGGUGAGAUGUUGUGCUCAUCACUUGCAGUGGCCAUGUUUGUAGUCAGCAUACAGUUAAAGGCCAUCAUACUAAUUAAUUUUAUUUGUUUCAAUUAAACCUUUGCGUUUGCUAGCGAUUUGUCUAGUUCAAUGUAUAAAUGGAAUUGUAUUAUCUAUAAAGUGCCCACAGUGUCAUUUUUGCAUAUACAAAUUAGAAACUUUUGUUUUGUUUUAUUGAGUAAUGUAAUGUUUAAUUUGUUAAAUCUGACCCUGGUGGUACCUUGUAUGACUUUUAUGACCUAGCACAAUACAUUUACAAAUGAGGAAUGUUUUAGAAUAACCCAUCUGGAUACAACCAUUGUAUAUUUCUAAUGUAGAGGCUACACUGCAUAGGAACUAUCAUGUUUAUGGGAGUCUGUAUAUAUAGAUUUGUACAGUAGGACUUAAAGCAGAAAUUGUAUUUAUUGUAUAGAUGGAGAUGCUUGUUUACAGUAUUGUGCUUUAUUUAGGUGUGAAAGAGAAUAAAUGCAUUGUUUAAUUUUAAGAAUGUAUUAAGUAUUUGUCUAAGUCACUUUAUUUAAAGGUAUGUUCACUCUUAUGAUGUAGCUGCUAUUUUAAAAGAAUUAAA